AUGUUGGUACCUCCAGAAUUUUAUAAUGGUGAAAUUGAGUUAGAUUUAGAUAACGCCGUUUUUAAGGUUGAGAGCGAAAAGAUUCUUGACAUGUACAAAAAGAAUAUAUUAAAUGAUUUAUUCGAUAAUGAAUAUUUUAAAAACGAUAAAAAUUUAAUAAAUGCAAGAAAACUAGAUAAUAAAUUUAAAGAAUUAAAAAAAGAUAGAUUAAUCAAAAAAGGAUAUACUCUACAAUCCGUUACAAUUAUGUUAACGAUUUCGGUUUUAUAUUUUACAUGUAAAGGUCUUAUGGAACAUUUCAAGUUAUCACAAGCUUUACCAAAUAUUGCAAAAUCUAUAUGA